CCCCCUCGGGGUACAGUGGUCCCCACGCACAUCUCACUUUAAUUUCUCCUCCUAAUCUCAUCUUCAUUUCAUCGCGGCCAUCUCUCUCCGGACCGGUGGUUGCAAUUUGCAAAUACUCAUCCACCGGUCCUCCCCUCCAUCAUCGCCGCCGUCCACCCCCACCGCUUCGGUCGGCGCCGCUAGUGAUAAUCCCCUAUAAGAGUGAAGGGAGCCCUAAGCCUGAAAGCAGUCGCCUUGUUUCCCUGUUUAGUUGCCAGAACCUAUGGGCUUUCCCGUCAGCGGUGCCUCCAUGGCGUCGGACGUCGUCGCCGAGCUUCUCGAGUUGGCUGCUUCCGAUCAACUCAUCCGCUUCCGCCACGUCGCCGCGCGUGAACCCGCUGCCGUCCAUAUCGCCGGUCACUGGUACGGUCGGUGCCCGCUCUCCUCCUCCAUGACUAUUCUCCAGCGAACUCCGCUCAUGGUGGCGGCCGCUUUCGGCAGCCUUAACGUCCUCCAUUUCAUCAUCUCACUCUCUGCUGCAAUGGAUGUCGACAUCGACUUCCGCUGUGGCCCUGACGCCGUCACUGCCCUCCACUGCGUCGCCGCUGGCGGCGCCCCCACCGCCUCCCUCGCCGCCACUCUCCUCCUCAUCGCCGGAGCCGACCCCAACGCCCUCGACGCCGUCGGCCGCCGUCCCGUCGAACUCAUACCCACUUCACCCAUUCUAUCCUCUUUACGUUCCUCCCUCGAAGCAGUUCUCAGUAAUGGCUCUCCGCCAGUCACUCCCUCUUCGGACUCAACCUCCUCAUCCUCCUCUCCUCAAGAAAAAAAGAAGAAUUACCCAAUUGACUCCUCCAUUCCUGAUAUCCAGAGCAGAAUUUACUCCUCGGACGAAUUCCGAAUGUUCUCCUUCAAAAUCAAACCUUGUUCCCGGGCCUACUCUCACGACUGGACGGAAUGUCCCUUCGUCCACCCCGGCGAGAACGCACGGAGACGAGAUCCACGGCGGUUCAAUUACAGUUGCACGCCCUGCGUUGAGUUCCGGCGUGGUCUGUGCCCAAAAGGCGAUCUCUGCGAGUAUGCGCACGGGGUGUUUGAGUGUUGGCUUCACCCAGCACAAUACCGCACUCGCCUCUGCAAGGACGGCGACUCUUGCAGCCGCCGCGUCUGUUUCUUUGCCCAUUCGACCAGUGACCUCCGCUCUCUGCCAAACUCUCGAUCAAUGGCGUUGCCUCACCUUCUGGUUAGAAUUCCACGCAGCAAUGAAUUCGCAACAGCGAAUUGCGCUUCUCCUCGCUUCCAACCUGAUUACAUCCCAUCAAACUUGUCUCCAAUGAGCAGAAACCAGCAGCACGGCAUUCUUACUCCAAGAACACUGAAUUAUAUGCACUGUGUUCUUUCCCCUCGCAGCAUCUCUCCAAACGCAGAUGGGGCGGGUUCUGUAAGUUAUCUCCUUGAUUCUCCUGCUUCUGAAAGCGGGAAGCUUGAACUGCAGUUUCAGCAGCAGCAGCUGAUGAGAAGCGUUAUUGCUUCGAAUUUAAAGCAGGAUUCUGAGAAUGUGAACCAGGAACUGGUUGAAAUCGAGCCAGAUCUUUCAUGGGUUCAGUCUCUUGUGGGAAACAAUGAGAUUGGCAAAGGUGUCUCUUUGGGUGAUGGAAAAGCUCUUAAUUCCGCCAUUGAUGACGAACAAGCAACUUUAGGAGCUUGGCUGGAGCAAAUGCAGCUUGAUCGUAAGAUUGUUUUGUGAAAUUUCUGAGUUCGUUUAUUGGCUUGAGGACUAUUCGUUCGUUGAUUUCGCUAGAAUAAGAUGAAAGAGAUCAAGCUGAAGAUGAUUCAGACAUUCAAAUUUUCAGAAAAAAAAAAA